AUGAUUGACCCACAAGAUCUCAUUGCCUCCAGGGGAGGUGAUCCCAAGAAAGCGAUUGAGAGCCAACGCAGACGAUAUGCACCGCCAGAGGUCGUUGACGAAGUCAUUGCGCUAUGGAACGACGCAUAUUCGACACGUUACAAUGCAACUCAAGUCGGCGCGAGGAUCAAUGCAGUGCAGAAGGAGAUCGGACAAUUGAAGAAGGCGAAACAAGACGCCAGCGAACUCCUACAGAAAAAGAUCGAUCUCGAGAAGGAGAAAAAACAGGCCGAAGACGAGGCCUUGGAAAAGGAGAAGCUCAGAGACCGCAAGUGCAAAACCAUUGGCAACUACGUCCAUGACUCGGUCCCUAUCAAUGACAACGAGGGUCUUCUUCCCGCCGCUUAUCAGGAUUUCAACGAGGUUGUCAAGCAAUGGGCGCCCGAGGGGGUGACCGUCGAGAAGAAGGACUGUCUAUCACACCACGAAGUCAUGACGCGAGCGGAGGUCUACGACGGCGAGCGCGGCGUCAAGCUAGUCGGACACCGGGGCUACUUCUUGCGCAAAUGGGGCGUACUGCUCAACCAAGCUCUGAUCAACUACGGCCUGCAUUUCCUCUAUGCCAAGGGAUACGAUCCCAUCCAGCCACCCUACUUCAUGAAGGCAGAGUACAUGGCCAAGACGGCACAGUUGGAGCAGUUCGACGAGGAGCUCUACAAGGUCAUUGAAGACAAGGACUCGGAGGAUAAAUAUCUCAUUGCCACUUCCGAGCAGCCUUUGUCAGCCAUGUUUGCUGAUGAGUGGUUGUCGGAGAAGGAGAUGCCCAAGAAGUUUGCUGGCUAUAGCACGUGUUUCAGAAAGGAGGCUGGUUCCCACGGUAGAGAUGCCUGGGGUCUCUACCGAAUUCAUCAGUUCGAAAAGAUCGAGCAAUUCUUGUUCACUAAGCCUGAGGACUCGUGGCAAGCACUGGAAGAUAUGAAGACCACGGCAGAGGAAUUCUACCAAUCACUAGGUCUUCCAUACCGGGUCGUGGUGAUUGUGUCCGGGGCUCUGAACAACGCAGCUGCAAAGAAGUACGAUUUGGAAGCUUGGUUCCCCUACCAGGGUGAAUACAAAGAGCUAGUGUCAUGCUCAAACUGCACUGACUACCAGACUCGAGAGUUGGAGAUCCGAUAUGGUCAGAAGAAGGGAGCCAUCGACACAAGAAAAACCUACGCACACGCUCUGAACGGUACCCUUUGUGCCACCGAACGCACACUUUGCUGCCUGUUGGAGAACUAUCAGAAGGAAGAUGGCUUCGAGGUCCCCGAGGUGUUGAGGCGAUACAUGCCCCCUGGCACGCCCGAUAUCAUCCCAUACACGAAAGAGCUACCCAAGGAUUCGACUACCCAGAAAUCAAAGCCUGCAGCGAAACCUAAGGCUGGAGCUGCUGCAGACGGUGGAGCGAAAGCGAAAACACCUGCUGAUAGCGUGGCUGAUAAGCUGAAGGACCUGAAGACUUCGGACUAA